UCGCGUGACAGGGAUUCGAGCGGGUUUCUUGCGUGACCGCUGCGCCGGUUGUAACGACUACACACAUUGGACGGGAUUUGUAAAUCCUGUCAACGUCUCCCUCCUUUCCUUCUAGUCAAUAUUAUUAAGUAUGCCGGUGCCAGUAUCACCACGCAAAAAUGAAUCUAGUCAAGGGGUUGAUGCAUCAACGCCUGAGGCAGGGACAGAUCCCGUCCAGGAAUCUGCUCGGGUGCCAGCCAAUUCUCCAAGCCCUAGUGAAGAGGUAGAAAUAGUUGAUCCAGAUGUUGUUGCUGGAUACCAGGAUUGUUUGAAGGAAACUCUAAGAUUUUUACUUGAGGAGGAACAUCUACCUGAAGACCAUCCAGUGGUAACGGGUCUGGCAGCACACCUCACCCGAGACCAUGCUCAUGUAGAGCUCACUAAACUCUCGCAGCAGCUGGCUAGUGCUAUUAUGGAUGCACAUACUGCCCCAACAAAUGAAUCAGAAGUGUCAUCAACUAACAAUGCUAGUGCCCUCAGGGUUAAUAGGACAUUUAAUGCAGGUUUUGAGGUAACAUUAGUUGAGGAUAAUAGUGAAGAUGAAAUCAUAGUUUUAGAUGAUGCAAUGGAUGAAGAUGAUUGUGAAUAUAUUAACAUAGAAGAAUUUAGUGACAGUGAGACUAACAGUGAAUACGAAGCUGAUGGUGACCUGGAGGAAAAUAAUGUAACAGAGGCAUUUAUUACUGACCCUGAAUUGCGUCGACAAUUGAUACGGUUCGUGUAUCAGGGUUGUGAUCUCUUUGCUGCACCACAACCUAUCAGUCCAGCAUCACAUCAAGGGGUUGUUCUGCAACUGUGAUGUUUUCUCAGAUAGAUACUUUUCUCAGAAUGUUCCUUCACGUAACUGGAUGCACACAUACACAGUGUAGACUUAAAAGACUGCUACAGUUAUAACAGAAUCAAGUCCACAUUAUAUUAAUUAGUACAAAUAUAUCAUCAUUUUCACAUUUUCAGUCAGAUGCACAAAUUUUUGUUGUCUUUGUCAUAGAAAGUAGAAAUAAGCAGAAGAGAAACUAAUAAUUACUUAAAUUCACAAAUUUACUGAUCUCAUAAAUUGUAGUGUACCCCUCAGCCUCGUGUUUCUCCCAGUUCUUGAAACGUCUUACAGCUAUCAUAUAUCCCAUAACAUUACAAUAUAUAUAUCUUAUAUUUGAAGAAAAAACAAAUGACAAAUAUCUUUUUCUUUAUACAGUAUGUAUAUUAAUGAGCAUUUCCUAAAUGCGGAUAAGUUCACACCUUGCAGUCUCUAAUAGUUCAUUAUACUCUAUUACAGAAAUUACCUUCACUAUGUACCUGGUAUAAAUAAGACAAUUCCAACCAUAUAGCACAUAUUAUAGUGUACUAUAAUUUAAUUAUAAAUCAUAUUAGAAUUUAACUGGAGGAAAUUAGCAAUUAGUUACACCAAUGGCCUUUUUUUUUUAACAUGUGCGACCAUCAUAUGAUGGCAGCGUCAAGUGGCAAUUGUCUUAACCCCCCCCCCCAAGAUUCUCACACUGACCUGUUAGCGGAUUUACAACCUCGGUGCUUGAUCUCUCCUCUUCAGGAUUAUCAUCUUAGAAUCUUACUUGUGAAAAUGGACCUGUUGUUGAAAAUUAAAAAGUGUAGAGAUUUUGAGUUUAGUUGAAUUGGCUUAUUGGAAGCAACAUCUGUUAUGCCAUGACAAAGUGAUAUUUAUCAAAAAGUAGUACUGUCCCAUGUAUACUCAUUUCGGUAUUCUGAAUGUUAAAGAAUUUUGUAUUUAUGACUUAAAUGAAUGGCAUUUAAUUUCAUGGUACAGUAUAUAUGCAGGUAGUACUAUUUUCGUUUAUUAGUACUACUAAUAUAUAUAUAUAUCUAUUUAUAUAUAUUUACUAUUAUACUACAGUACUAUAACAGUAUAGUACUAUUAUGUAUUUUCAUAUGCAAAUAUUUUGUAAUGUACUGCAUUGUAAAUAUUGAAGAUGCAGUACUUUGAAAAGAAUUUUCAAGUACUGUAUGAGAUAUGCAAAAAUAUAUUUACAAAAAUAUUUAGCAUUUAAUGAUGUAAUAGGGAUUUGUAAUACUGUACUGUAUUUAUGAUCAAAGCAUCUUUUCAUAUUUAUGCGGAAUAACUCAACUGCCAUCACAUUAUUUGCCAUAAAACGGUUCGAUAGUUAACACAGUACUAACGUUGCAGAUAUCACUUGCAGCAUUCAUCUUGACACUACUGUACUAUUAUUGCGGACUUAGCUCACUUAUUACUUUAAACGUGGGAUUACUUUACUAAGAGGCAUUACAUUUAUAUAUUUAUAUAUUUAUAUAUACAAGAGUUCUUACAUUCUUGUACAGCCACUAGCACGUAUAGCAUUUUGGGCAAGUCCUUAAUCCUAUGUUCCCUGAAAUAC